GCCCUUCCUCGCGAUGGCCUCGAGCUCAACUGCGACCGCGGCAACAACGCGCCCCUCGCCGCGCGGCCGCAUCUUCCUGCGCGCCGAUGUCGAGAAGCACAACAAGGCCGGCGACUGCUGGGUCAUCUGUAACGACCGCAUCUACGACGUGUCGCAAUUCGUCGACGACCACCCGGGCGGCGACGAUCUCGUCCUCGAGUGGGCGGGCAAAGACGUGACGGCCGUCAUGCAGGACCCGGUCGAGCACUCGCACAGCGACAGCGCGUUCCAGCUCCUCGACGAGUCGUACUACGUCGGGCGUGUCGGCGCCGAGGAGUCGAUCACGGACCCGAGCUUCGAGUUCAAGGACGGCUGGCACCCGGAGGACACGGACAACGGCAAGGACUGGGAGAAGAACCAGUUCCUCGACCUCGACAAGCCGUUGAUCAUGCAGGUGUGGAGGGCCAACUUCUCCAAGGCGUUCUACCUCCAGCAGGUCCACCAGCCUCGUCACCUCCCUCGCCCGGCGCGCCUCUUCGGCCCGGCCUACCUCGAGGUCUUUACGAUGACCUCGUGGUACGUCGUGCCGCUCAUCUGGCUCCCCAUCACGGCCUGGAUCCUGCGCUGCUCGAUCGUGCAGCAGUUUGCCCUCGGCGUCUCGGUCCCGCAGACGAUCGCUCGCACCGGCGCCUGCUUCCUCUUCGGCAACUUUGUCUGGACGCUCCUCGAGUACGGCAUGCACCGGUUCCUGUUCCACAUCGACGAGCACCUGCCGGACCACCCGGCGGCGCUCACGCUGCACUUCCUCCUGCACGGCAUCCACCACUACAUCCCCAUGGACCGCCUGCGCCUCGUCAUGCCCCCGACCCUGUUCGCCCUCCUCCAGUACCCGUUCACCCAGCUCGCGCACGCCCUGUUCCCCAACUGGAUGGCCAACGGCAUCAUCGCCGGCUCGUUCGCCUUCUACGUCGCUUACGACGUCAUGCACUAUGCGCUGCACCACACCAAGCUGCCCGAGUACAUCAAGCGGCAAAAGUCGUGGCACAUGGAGCACCACUACAAGGAGCCCGAGCUUGGUUUCGGCGUCACGUCGCCCGUGUGGGACCGCGUCUUCGGCACGACGUUCGCGACGCCGGGCAGGGCGCAGCCGGUCGGCGGUGCGCCGCUCGUCGUCGACGGCGAGAAGCUCGGCGCGGGCAAGGUGCAGUAGCCUGAGCGCGCGAGCUCGCGCCCCCUCGUUUUCCCUCGUACACUAUCUCGCAUCACACCCUUUGUCACUCACUGCCUAAUGGACCCUGCAUCACC